CUUACUUCUAAAAAAGUACAAUUAUUAAUUAAGUCAUUUACGUCCUGGUUCAUUUUGAAAAUCUAUAUUUGAGGCAUCUGAUUAUUUUAGAGAUGCAAAAAUAAUAAAAAUAAGUUAUUAGCAUGUCUACUGACAACUUAUUAAAUAGACUUACAUUUUUUACUCAAGGUUAAUUUUUAAUGCUUGCACCUCUUAUCUAAGAACUGUUGAUUUUCGGUAGCUAGUGCAACCAGAUUACUAACAGCUGAUUUUGAUUAGCACUACUGAGUGUUUGAAUUUUUUGUUGUUAUUUAUUAUUCAAUAAUUAUAGAUCUGAAUUUCUAUUAUAAUUCAUGCACAGCCUAAUCAUUAACAAGAAAUGGAUGAGGAGCAGGCCACUCUGGAAGACAUAAUACAACAACAAAAGCAACUAGCCAAAGCUAUAGACGACCACCAGGUGGAUGAAUGCAAGAAGUGUAUCAACGAACUGGUCCGGCCUGCUGUGGUCACCCACUGCCCGAAUGCCCUCAACUGGUACCUGUGUCCACAUCAGCAUUCUACACCCUUACUUCACGCCAUCGCCAAAGGGCUUGCGGAUACUGCCCUGUACCUCAUGCGAUGCGGCUGCGACCCCCACGCUGACCCUAAUAAACUUAAAUUCCCUGGUUUAAAGUCCGCUGAUGUCAUCACUUCCAAGGCUUUGUUCAGGGCAGUGGAUAAAUCAGGUUUUGAGAAAGUUUUUAAAAAAAUGUUGGAGAAGGCCGAGAAGUUGGUUGUUGAUAAAAACGGAGACACAGUCCUGCAUGUGAUUGUGAGAAAGAAAUCGGAGUCAUUGUUUGAAGCAGUUUUAGCAUCUCGCUGGCUGCAGAAAAUGUUGCACCAUGCUAACAAUCAAGGGUAUCUUCCACUUCACAUUGCAGCAAGUUCAAACUUCCUCCCGUUCUUUCAGAUUUUAUUCUCGCCCCAGACUCCGGCGGAAAUUUUAAGCUCACAUAUACUUCCAGACACUCAAGUUUCUUCCUACUUGGUAGAUAAGUGUGAUGAGCUGAAAGAUUCUGUUCACAGCGCUUGCAGCAACCUGAGCAUAAAUGCACCUGUGAAGGUGAGAAAAACCACAGCCUUGCACCUUGCGGCAUCUGAGAGAUUAGUCCAGAUGGUGCAGUUGCUGCUAAAGCUGGGCGCAGACGUCAAUGCCACUGACGAAGCCGGAAAAACACCUCUAGUCGAGUGCUUGGAUCUUCGGGGAGAUAAAAAUAUUUCCCAGUCGUCUGCGUGUGAUCUGUUGCAUGUGUGUCGGAUUCUCAUAGAAAAAGGUGCCAGUGUUAACGUGAAGAGCAGUAUCAGGUACUCUGAGAGGCGAUCCAUGGCUAACGAUGAUGUCUUAACUCCCCUGCACUUAGCUGCUGGGGUUGGCUCUAAGGAUAUAGUAGAGCUACUCCUCAACAAUGGUGCUAAUCCUUGCCUCUUGAGUGGCGACAUCGGGAAAAUCCCUCUCCAGUUUGCUUUAGAGCAAGGGCACAACGACGCUGCAUCAUCGCUUAUGUCCCCUGAAUUAUACCCAAGCGGGUUCCUAUCAUCUCAUAUGGAUUACGCGUUUAACUCCCUUCUUCACUAUGCUGACAGAUGCAACACCGCGGUCAUCAGUGAGUUAAUUAACCUGUCCACCUCUCUAGACAGACCAAAUGUUAAUCGCUUGCGUCCGUUAGAUAAAGCAAUAUCUAGCCGGAACAUUGAAUACGUUGAGCUGCUUCUCGCCACGGAGCCUUGUAUUGUUAAUGUCCAUUUGUACCAGGACCCGGCUGCGUAUCCCCCCCUUCACCUUGCUGCCAGCUCAGGUAACGUCAAGCUAUGCCAGACUCUACUCUCCUACGGUGCAGACAUCUACGCCAGGGCUUUCGGUAAACACAGGGCUUUUAGAAAAGCUUUCAAAUUUGACAGGUUCGACACGGGGGUUUACCUGUGUGAGCAGAUGUCAAGGCCGUUCUCGAAGCUGGAAAGGGAGGAGCUGGUGAGCCAGGAGCUGGCGCUGCGUCUGGUCCGUCCUGAUUUGGCUGCCAGGUUGAGGCACAGGCUGGACGAGGUGCCAAGGCUGGUCAUGUCUUGUCUGGAUGUAAUCAGGACCGUGUUUAUCUGCACGCACCUCAGCUUCAAGGACAUGCACACCCUGCCAGUUCCUGAUGCUGUUGUUAAAGCCUUGAGGUACCAGAACACUGACAUUUUAGACACCAAUCAGCAUGGUUAGCUUCAUUUUAUUUAAAUAUUAAUUUUUGGUAUGUAGUUUAUAAAUUUAUCUGGCUGAAUUUAUUUAAAGAAUUAAUAGAAAAUCAAAGAAAAUACAAUUCUGGGAAUAGUUGUCUAGAAAUAGACACAAACUAUGAGAAAUGUAAUUAUGCUAAUUGAAUUGAAUUUAGUUCUGUUAAUUAAAAUAUUUAUCUGGCACAAAAUAAGAGAAAUACAACUCUGCUAAGUGAAUUUAUUUUUAACCUGUAAUUUAAAAUAUUUAUUUGGCAUGGUGUCAAUGUGGUAUGGUAUUCCUGCUAUCAGCAAGCUUUCUG